AUGCAGCAGUUCGUAAGAUCAGCGUCGUCGUUGUUCACUUCGCAGGCACUGCCCUACAUUCAAAUCAGUGAUAACAGCCCCACUUUAGCCGUCGAUGAGAAUGCGCCGAGUGAUGACAUCGAUUCACAUCGUGCAGUGCCGUCCCCUGGUCGGCUAUCUGAUUCCCUUCUUUCACAAGACCAGCAACACUCUGAUGCUGUGCCGAGAAGGCAGCGACGGUACAUUUUCGUGCAUUCAUUCUGA